CUGGCUGAGAAUCUGGUGCCCAGAUACCCGGAAGAUGGACCUGAGGAGAGAGUUGUGGGUGGCGAGGUUGCCCAGCCCAACUCCUGGCCCUGGCAGGUAAAACAUUAUCCUUCUCCUAGUGUAUCAUAGCCUAGUGUCUCUUGUGACAGCCUAGCUGAUUUGAAUCUGGGUGUCAACCAGUGGAGACUGCAGAGGAGAGGACGGCUCAUAAUAAUGGCUGGAACGGAGCAAAUGGAAUGGCAUCAAACACCUGGAAACCAUGUUUGAUGUAUUUGAUACUAUUCCGCUCCAGCCAUUACCACAAGCCUGUCCUCCCCAAUUAAGGUGCCACCAACCUUCUGUGGUGACAACAUUAGCCUGCUCCCAGAUCUGUCUGUGCUUCAGCCAACUCCUCUGUGCCCGUGUGAGAGAGGAGUUGGCUAGAGGACUUACAGAUCUGGGAUCAGGCAAGGAUUCAGCUGCAGCUGUUUGAUUCAUACUAUGAAACUCAUUUUUCACCUUUUGGUAAAUCAUUUUUGUUAUAAUCCUCUCCUCCUUCCGUCUAUUGAACCUCUCUUCCUCUCUCUCUUCCCCACCUCAGAUCUCUCUCCAGUACAAGUCUGGCAGCUCCUACUACCACACCUGUGGUGGUACUCUGAUCAAGAGGGGAUGGGUCAUGACUGCUGCUCACUGUGUGGACAGGUACGACAAAGGGAGACAUAACAUAGCGAAGAUCUGAGUUCGUUUUUUUAAAGUAAUGUCUUUGUUGUUGGAAUAUCGCAAACGGAUGUGGCAGUUUCACCGCAACGGAUUCCAACUCGCUAUAAGGUCACUAUAACAUGUAUGUAGUAUAAGUUCCUAACUGACUUCCUAACUGACCAAGGUGUUGUGCAUGUGCGUCUACAGUCAGAGGACUUGGCGUGUGGUUCUGGGAGACCAGACAACCUGAACAGCAACAAGGGUAAGAACAUGAGUGUCAGCCAGGUCCACAUCCACACUGGGUGGAACUCCAACAACAUCGCUGGAGGAUACAGAACUUUGUUUAUGAUCAAUUGGGGAUUUUCUGCAUGUUUUUUUUUGUGUCAUUUGUAAAAAUCAAGAUUCAAAUUGAAACAUGAGACAUUCAUUGAUAACAAUUUGAGUAUAAUAAGGAUCAAUACCUUGUGAACCUGUGCUAUAACUAAUUUUGUACAUAUUCUAACGAGACCAUGUUGCAGCUUUAUAAGAUCUUUAAAAAAAAAAGUGAUGCUGUAUGUUUAUAAAACAGUGAUUGAAGGCGCUAUAUUUUGGAAAUCCUCACAAGAAUAUGUUAGAGUUAAAGUGCAUAAGUACAGAAUAGAAAGGUAAAAGUGCAGAUGUCUCCUGAGAAAGAUUUAUAACCUGAAGUGAAAAUGAUGCCUCGGGACGUAUCCUUCUGUUCCUCAGGUAAUGACAUUGUGCUCCUCUAUUCCUUAGAUAUGAUAUCGCCUUGCUCACAUACAGAUGCCGUAUCUUAAUUUGAUCUUCCUGUUGUUGCAGAAAUGUUCCUGCACGGCGGGAAAUGCAACCUUGUAGUGUAUUCAAGGUUUAAAAAGGCUUCUAAAGUUAGUAAUUUCCACUUAAAAAUGUCAGACUUGAUUUGCCCUAACAAAAAAAUGUAUCAACCCCUAUAAAAAAAUGUCCAUUAAUUAUAAUCCACGUAACAAUUCACAUUUCCUGUUGCUGCAGGAUUAUUUUCCUGCUGUGUUAAACUGGCUCAAAUUAAGAUCCAACAUCUGUACAGUCCCAGAGACUACCCAUAACUAACCAUAACCCUAAAUAUGACACACGGACUCAUUUGGGUAAUUUAAGCAUUUAAGUGACGUGUAACUAAUAUGUGAACCAAGAUUACAUACAACUAAAAUGGUUAAAUGUCCUUACUUUGACAUAUAUUCUAAUGAAACCUUAUUGAAUUAUUAUAUCAUGUUCCUAUUUUAAUGGUCCCCUGUUCCUCCCUAUCAGCUAAAGUGACAAAUAACUACAAUGGAUAAAUGUCACUCUUUUUGACGAACAACGUGUCCCUGUCCUCCCUAUAGCCGGGGGUUCUCUGUCCAACAGCCUGAAGCAGGCUUGGCUGCCCAGCGUUGACCACCAGACCUGCUCCAGCUCUGGCUGGUGGGGAUCUUCUGUCAAGUCCACCAUGGUCUGUGCCGGUGGUGGAGCCAACUCUGGUUGCCAGGUAAGACUAGUGGGGGGGGGGGGGGGGUGGAGGGAGAUCGAUCUGUUCAGAAUUCGAGUUUGAGACCAUGCUUCUGUCGUUCCAACACCUUAGCAAUAACAUCAAGAGAUCCAAAUCUUUUGUUGGGGUCAUACUGGUGUGGAACUAUGUUUGUAGCAUUGCCUUAGGUCAGGUAGCGACAACGCUGUCUUCACUGAUAGAUCAUGACAACACGUUAGAAUGACGCCAUCUGUUGGAAGACAAUGAUAUUUGUAGAUGAAUUUGAGAUAUAUUUAUUUAUCAUUGGAAUUUUGUAAAAUAUUUUUUAAAAGAAAAAUGAACCAUUGAUGUCUCGUAAAGUGAGUCAGAUAACUACAGUACAAUGCCCUGAUACAGAUCUCUCCUCAUCAUUCUAGGGAGACUCUGGCGGCUCCCUGAACUGCCAGGUCAACGGUCAGUACUACGUCCACGGAGUGACCAGCUUCGUGUCCUCUUCUGGAUUCAACGUCAACCGCAGGCCCACUGUCUUCACCCACGUGUCAGCCUACAUCAGCUGGAUGAAC